UUGACACCAGGUGGAGUCUGUCGUCUAUAACCUGCUGAUGUGACACUUGGAGGACGACGCUGCCCGGUGUCUUGUCUCAGGACGCGUCUGUGAGGGAUCCUGCUGCUGAGUUGUCAGAUCUGUGAGGAUCCUGCUGCUGAGUUGUCAGCUUGACUGCAGUGAUGUCGUCUACCAUCUUCAAAGAGUUCCAGGAGGACGGAACAUACGCACCAUUUCUAGCAGAUGACUUUGAUGUUCAGAGCCACGCCAGUCAGCUGGUCCAGGGGGUUAUAAUUGCAGAGCAGCUUAAUAAGCUUACGUUAGGAAUCAAUCGACUGGAGCGUGAGAUUGAGAGUCAAGUGGGAAGCCACUACGAAGACCUCUUGUCUCAGGCCACUGGAGUGGAGACACUGGAGGAUGUGCUAAACACCAUGCACACCAGGAUCCAGACACUCUUGGCUGGAGUCGAACGGUUGAGAGUCCGAGUUGUGGAUCCGUACCAGAGAGUGGAAAGACACACACUUGUUUUAGGCAGACUUCAAGCAACCUGUGAACUUCUGCGACGUGUCAUCCGCUGUCUGAUGUUGUCACAGAGACUACAGCAACAAUUGUCAAGUGAGCCCCGGGACAUUACGAAAGCUGCCAUUAGCCUCAGCGAGCUAGAUCACUUGGGGCGUGACGUUGACCUGACAGGGCUAGAUGUGUUGGAACGGGAUCAGAGGCUGGUACGGCAAGCGCGUUCAGAUGUUGAAAAGCAAGCAGUUGUUAUGAUGGACCGUGGUAUGGAGCUGCAGAAUCAGACUCAGGUUGGAACAGCUCUGCAAGUGUUCCAUAACUUAGGGAUCCUGGUAACAAGUGUGGAAAAGGUGUUGGAUUCCCUUAUUGGUAGACUGAAUAAGAGUGUCUCACUCACCCUAGAUGUGAACGCCCUCUUGCAAAUGAGUCAGGAUACGAGAAAAAGUGGUCCUGGGAAAGCCAUCAUGCCUGGUCCGGGUCAGUCGGUGCAGUUCCGAGCGUCUCUCUGGUCCAACCUUGAGAAACUGAUGGAUGACAUAUACCAUGCAUGUGUCCAAACUUCCCAUCUUCAUAAGGUUCUAGCAAAGAAGCGGGACCCUGUGACACAUGUUUGCUUUUUAGAAGAGGUGCAGCGUCAUGGGAAAAGUGAUUUGUUUACACGAGUGUGGAGAAAUAUUACCCGAAUUUUGACAGUCGAGUUUGCUAAAGCUGCUCAAGACUCUACGUUCAUUCGACAGUAUUUAGAAGUAGACUACCCCAAGCUGAUACGUCUGUAUGGAGAUCUGUGGCGGAGACUGGAGGGUAUUAGCAUGGAGAUGAGAAGUGUUAACACAGAUGUCACAUCAGCUUUAGAUGAAAGUGUUGAAAAUAGAGAUGAAGUGGAUAAGAUGGAUAAACACACUCAGGAAUUUGACCCCGAGCAAGCUUUGAGAGGCACGCUUGUUCCCCUAGAGGAAGCCUACCUGUCACGAUCUCGUUCAAGACUCUUGGAUCCCGUCAAUCUCAUGUUUGCAGCUCAGGAUGCACCACCCGCAAAAGAAGAAGUUGAUGCCCUCAUAAAAACAAUUACGAGUGAGCUUAACGUAUCGGCCGUGGACAAGUCACUGAGCGAGACGGUAGCCAAAAAUGUUGCCGAAUCUCUCCAGCUGUUCUGCGUCAAGUGUAAACAGUUGGUUGUUACCAGUGCGGAUGCCACACAAGUUAUUGGCUCUCCGACACCGGCACAAGUUUUGAACGGUGAGGUGGUAAACCAACUCCUCUAUGUAAGAAGUCAGGUCGAACGCACUGCAUCUGCCACCCUUGCUCACCUGCCUCAACCUGUAACCAAUAUGUUAUUGAAGGCAUUGCCGUCUAUUGAUAUGCUGAUGUCGUCUGCAGUGCAACCACUUUUCACUUCCAUCACCGACGCAAUAGAAGACAUUAUCCUAACUGUGCAUAGCGAAGACUUUUCAGGCGGUGAUUCUAAAGGAGCAGAUUCUCAGUGUUCACUGUACAUGAGGGAGCUGCAGGGGUUCAUCACGAGAGCUGCAGAAGAUUACCUCUCCAUCUAUCAACCCUCCAGAAUCAUAAAGGAGAAAAUACAUACACUGGCCUGUCGUUGCUUGGAUCUGUUUGUACGCCAUGCAAGUUUACUACGACCUAUUGGGGAAGGUGGAAAGUUGCGUCUUGCUGCAGACUUUGCCCAGAUGGAAAUGGCAAUAAGUCCUCUAUGCAACCGACCAUCAGAGCUCGGCCGAGCAUAUCGUGUUGUCAGGUCGUUUAGGCCUCUGCUGUUCCAGACUGUUGAACACAUAAUUGCAUCCCCCAGCAUUGGUGAUGUCAUUCCAUACUCAACUGUCUUGCAUUUCCUCUUUGCCAAGGCUCCAUCAGAGUUAAGAUCUCCCCAUCAGACUGCUGGUUGGUCUGUGAGCCGCUACAGCGACUGGUUGGAUGAGCAUCAGAAUGAGCGAGAACGUUUGCAGCUGGUCCGAGGGGCUCUGGAAGCUUACGUUGCCAAUGUCAGAUCACGCCACCUCACACAAUUUGCCUCUGUGUAUCCUUCCAUGCUCAAACUCCUAGAAAAAGGAAUGGCUGCUCACGGUCUGGCAGCCACGUCAUAGCUUUACGAAAAAUUUAUAUUUGUGUUGUGUGAAAUUUCUAAAUUAUUACCCCUCAGCAUUGUUAUAAUAAUUCAUUGUGUCGGGGGGACAGGAUGUCAG